CAACAGAUUGCGAUUAAAAUCACACUCUCUCUCUAUCAUAGGGUUUCUUCUCCUCUUUGAGCCUCGAGGUCUUCUGAAUCUCUUCUCUUCGUCUAUCAAGUACGAUGCAGCAACCACCCCCAGGAGGCGUAGCUCCGCCACCUUCACUGACAAACGAUCCGUCUCAAACCCAGUACUACCAGCAACAACAGCCGUUGCAGCCAUGGAUGAUGACGCAUCAACAACAGCAGGCCAGUCAGCCGGUUCCUCCGCCUGCAGGUUGGAAUCCACCACCCGUCCCUCCGCCAUAUCAGAUGCAUUGGUACUCCGAUUCCGCGGCCACUGGCUCUGGCGAAAUUCGGUCUCUCUGGAUCGGUGAUCUUCAGCCGUGGAUGGAUGAGAAUUACCUCCUCAGUAUCUUCGCUCAAACUGGAGCGGUGGUUUCAGCUAAGGUGAUUAGGAAUAAGCAAACGGGUCUGCCAGAGGGAUACGGGUUUAUAGAGUUCGUUUCACGAGCAGCAGCUGAGAGGGUUUUGCAGUCGUAUAACGGGCUACCAAUGCCAAGUGCUGAGCAGAGUUUUAGGAUGAAUUGGGCUUCGCUUGGAUAUGGAGAAAAGAGGCAAGAAGAGGGUCCUGAAUACACAAUCUUUGUCGGAGAUUUAGCUGCAGAUGUUUCUGAUUACAUGUUACAAGAGACUUUUAAAGCCGUUUACCCAUCUGUUAAGGGUGCCAAAGUGGUUACUGAUAGGACCACGGGCUGGUCUAAAGGUUAUGGCUUUGUGAAGUUUGGUGAUGAAAGUGAGCAGAUUCGUUCCAUGACUGAAAUGAAUGGGAUGUAUUGUUCCACUGGGGCAAUGCGGAUUGGACCAGCUGCUAGUAAGAAGCUUGGGACUGAUCAGCAGUAUCCGAAAGCUGCUUACCAGAAUACCCAAGGAAAUCCUGGUGAGGUUGAUCCGAAAAACCACAAUAUUUGUUGGUGGUUUGGAUCCCAGUGUUUCUGAAGACGAACUAAAACAAAUAUUUAGCCAGCUUGGUGAGGUAGUUCAUGUAAAAAUUCCUGCUAACAAGCAUUGUGGUUUUGUUCAGUAUGUUACAGGACCAGCGCCGAACAAGCUUUAUCCGUUUGAAUGGUACUUUUAGGAGGAAGAAAUGUUA